AUGGCGUUUGCGUUGAGCACUAUAUCGAAGCUAUUCACGGAAGACGUCCUGAACAAGGUUGUGCAAAAUGCGCUGCAGUCGACAGGAAAGUCAGAUUUGCACAUCGCAAGUUACCAGGUAGAACCUGGCGCGGAUAAAGGGACGGGCUACAUGGGCAUCGUCUAUAGGAUCAGGGUGACCCUGUCUGACGGCUCCGAACUGACCCUGAUCGGCAAGGGCAUGCCGCAGAACAUGGUUCGCAGAAAGACCUUUCGCUCCGAACCGUUCUUCCGCAAGGAGGUGAUGUUCUUUAAUCACCUGGCGCCAAUGCUGCGCCAACUGGAACUCAAGCAGAGAGGGGAAGGGGCCAAGGACACCUUCCUGCCCAUUUCCGAGUGCUACUAUGCUAUGAGCGACGGCGAAAACGACUUCCUCGUCUUCCAGGACUUGAAGAGUCUGGGCUACGAAAUGGCCGACCGCAUCUCAGGACCGACCGAGGCGCAGAGGAAUAGUUUGCUCCACACCCUGGCCAAGUUUCACGCGCUCUCCUUCGCCCUACAGACUCUGCAGCCGGAAACGUUCUCGGAAGCGGUGGCGCCGAUCUACGAGCCAUGGUUCGCGAGGGAAUUCAGUUCGUUUUACGCUGGCUACCUUUACAAGCUCUUUGGGCUGUGGCACCGGGCCGUGCAUGACCAACUCAAAGGUACCCACUACCUGAGUAGGUUCGAAAGGCUCGGCGCGAACCAAAAAGUAUUUUUCGACAACCUCUGCGACUCGUUGCGCCUUCUGCAGCCUGCUGUGAUCAAUCAUGGCGACGCAUGGUCCACCAAUUUCAUGUUUAAGGGGCACCAGGUGAUGAUGAUCGACUUCCAGUUGGUCAGGUACUGCUCGGCCAUGACGGACCUCUCCAUGUUUAUCUUCAACUGCACCACCGAAGAGCAGAGAGCGGCAGCUGGUGGCACGGAGGCCAUUUUGAAGGAGUACUAUCAAGUAUUGUGCGGGGCCGUGGCUCAACUGGGCUUGCCGGAGUGUCCCUUGAGCUGGCAACAAUUAAUGGAGCAGUGGUGUGUUAACGGCCUGCUCGGAUUUGGUGGCUGUCUCGAGUUGGUUCCUCUGUCGUUGGUCGAGUCGGAAGACGUCCAAGAUCUGGACAGGGUGGAAGGGAACGAGCCGAUUCCACUUGACGAGUUGACCCAGUUUAGUGAACUGACCAAGCCGGAACACAAAAAGCGACUGGUUGACUUGAUUCGGCUGGCGGUCGACUAUAAUAUGUUCUAGACGAAAAAUCACACAAUAAAGAGAAAAAUUCUCUAUAUAUGAACAUUUUGUCGUUUAUGUGAGUGUGGCGCCUUCUCGCCACUAAUAACUGCCUUGCAUUUAACCCACAUCGCCAGGUGGCAGUAUUAAGGUGUGCGACAAGCAGAGCACCCUUACUGCACCUUAUCCCCCACUGCAAAAUCAGACUCGCACCAAAGCAGUCGCAACGCAAUAAUUUCCCUCUCCGGCUAGGAUGAGAUUUGGUGCGAGAAAAUUCCAUAAAAACGAUUUCAUAUUAGACCCGAAAUACGGGGUAAGUUGUAAUAAUUGUUUGUAUUUCGAAUGUGAUAUUUUUACUGUUUGUAUUUUUUGUGAUUUUGAUUAUUAAUGUAAUUUCACAGUCUUGAUCUUGCUCCUGAUCUUGGUCUUGAUCUUAUUACUAAACCACGAGACAUGAAUAAAAGACGAAUUACUACAAUGAGA